CGAAAAGCCAAAGCUCGGUAACCAAUACCAAGGCGAAAACGGCUCCUCCGACUUGAUUGGAAAUAUAGUAUCAAGGAAUCCUUCCCAUUACCUUACAAGGUAAUCAAGCCCCAUUAGCGUUCAGCAACAGUAAGAACACUCAAUGUCCGAUUUCACCCCUUGUGGAAGUUUCUCACCUUCAAGCUUUACCUCUUCGACUCUGAUUCUGCCCGUCGUGUCUUUGGGUAAUGUCCCUCAACUCACUGCGGACCUUCUGAUCUUCUCGCUUGGCCUCAAGAGGGUGGGUUUUGUUGGCAAGGGUGAUACUGUCACUCCUUUUGCUGGAAGAGGAGAGAAAAAAGGAGAGAUUGUGACUGGUGGACUUGAAGUUUAUGGCCGAGAGGAAAGCCAGCUGUACGUCAUCCAACAAAGGUCACCAACCUUAAAAUCUCAGAAGGAUCGCCAUGUCUCUUUAUUGAAAACUUUCAUCAAUUCCAAUGGUUUUGGAGCGGUUCUCGUCCUUACAAGUCUGGAUUCAGCAAUUCAAGGCGAUGCUCAGCUCUCGAUACCAUAUCAGCGGGUAAUCCCGCCGGGGCUUCGAUCUCUCCCCAACCAGAUACAAAAAAUACAGAAUAUACCGCCGCUAUCACUUAGUCUCUCCCAGCCAGCCUCUUCCGGUCAAAGCAUCAGUUCCUCUUACCCACCAUUCCUUCCCGCGGCUGGUCUCACUCGACGGCUAUUAGCAGCUCUUUCGGAAGAAAAGACGCUGAUACCUCAUGGUGCUAUUGCCGCAUGGUGUGUCGAGGGUGACAAUAGAGGGGAUGCUCGAAGCUUCGCCGACGUGGUUCUGGAUGUGCUCGAUUUACAGGAUGUUGUACAGGUACAGGAACCUGUUUCGUGGGAAGGACUUUUUGGGACAACCGAAGGGUGGAGCGGGGGUUUGGGAGCCGAUGCUGAACUUUAUGGUUGAUUAUGACACUAGAUACGGACAAUAUUAUGGAUGUGGUAAUCAUUCGCAGUCCUGUUGACUACUGGGACUCCCGUAUUGUCCGCACAAGAGCAUUGUCCGCACAAGAGCAGUUGGGAAAGGCACGACCAGCUCGAACGUCUAGUUGUAGACCUGCAC